AUGAAAGGUUUACGGAGCAGCGGACGCAAUGGAUCGUCUUGUUCUUCGCAAUCAAAGAAGAGCAGAGGUUCAAGUUCUCGACCUCAGAACAUAGCAGAAUCCGCAAUAUCCUCGGAUAUAGGAUCAAAUCCAGAAAUAACAAGACAAUCUUAUUCAGUAGAAUUUGGAGUAGAUAAGCCGAAGCAAUGUCUGCAUUGUGGGAAGAACCAUAGUGGAGUGUGCAGACGGGUCUCCGGAGCAUGUUUUAAAUAUUGUCGACUGAAGCGAGUGCAGUUAACAAGUCUGGAGGGAUUGGAAGUUAGUGUGGUCAGUGAAAGAAUCCAUCCUUUAGCUAAUGUGAUAUCGAUGAUGUCAACUCAUAAGUUGACGCAGUAUAGAUGUCAAGAGUACAUUGCUAAUGUAAUCGAUACAAGAGCUACAGGAAGUAAUCUUGAAGAUAUUUCGACAGUCAGAGAAUUUCCAGAUGUGUUUCCGUAUGAUUUACCGGGGUUACCUCUAGAUAGGGAGGUUGAGUUUAAAAUUGAAGUGAUGUCAGGAUCAUCACCCAUUUCGAUAGCUCCUUAUAGGAAUGCUCUAAGAGAGUUGAAAGAGUUAAAAACUCAGUUGCAAGAGCUUUUGGAUAAAAGGUUUAUUAGACCUAGUGUGUCUCCAUGGGGUGCUCUGGUGUUAUUCGUAAAGAAGAAAGAUGGUUUGAUGCACCUCUGUAUAGAUUAUCGUCAGCUUAAUAAGAAAAGUUUUGAAGCAUUGAAGAAAGUUCUGACCGAAGCUCCGGUGUUGGUGCAACCAAAAUCAAACAAGGAUUUUACAAUUUUCAUCGAUGCUUCCCAUAAUGGUUUGGGAUAUGUCCUAAUGCAAGAUGUGAAGGUAGUUGCUUAUGCCUCGAGACAGCUGAAGCCUCAUGAAAAGAACUAUCUGAUACAUGAUCUGGAGCUAGCAACUGUGGUCUUUGCAUUGAAAAUUUGGCGGAAAAGUAACGUUGUAGCAGAUGCUCUCAGUCGGAAGACUUUUACUGCUUUGCGUAGAUUGAAUGCUCGGGAUUCAAUUUGGAUAAUUGUUGAUCGUCUUACAAAGACUGCCUAUUUCAUUCCUGUACAAACGGACAUCUCUAUGGAGAAACAUGCGGAGUUGUAUAUCAAAGAGAUAGUGCGACUUCAUGCCUAUCAGUUAGCGUUACCACCAGAGAUGGAAAAGAUUCACAAUGUCUUCCAUGUGUCUAUGCUUCAGCGGUAUCGAUCUGAUCCUACGCACAUCAUAACUCCAGAUAAAAUAGAAGGUCAAUAUGAUUUGACAUAUGAGGAAGAACCGGUGCAGAUUCUAGCUUUCGAGAGCAAGUAG